UGUGUGACAGUAAUUUAUGUUCCACUGAUGCUCUUCGGCCUUCUUGGAAACACACUGACUCUUCUGGUGGUUUGGCUUCGCCCAAACAUGAGAAGCUCCACCUACCUCUACCUGAGCAGCAUGGCUGUUAGUGACCUGCUGAUCCUCCUGCUGCUGCCUCUGGAUCUAUAUAAGCUCUGGAGACCCAGACCCUGGUCCUUAGGAGAACUCAUCUGUAAGCUGACCAUGUUCCUCUCCGAGUGCUGCACCUUCUGCACCAUCCUCCACAUCACCUUUCUCUCCAUGGAGAGGUAUCUGGCGGUCUGCUGGCCAAUCACCGCUAAGACGCUGUUGACACGGCGCAGAACCAGGGCUCUGAUUGGCUGCCUCUGGCUGGGAGCGGCUGUCAGUGCAGCACCAGUGUUGGUCAUGGUGGGAGUGGAGGAGGUCGGAGGAGGAGCCAGAGAGUGCCGCUGCACACACUUCGCCGUCUCCUCUGGCCUCCUGUCGGCCAUGAUGAUUCUCUCCAACCUGUACUUCCUGGUACCCCUGUGCAUCCUGGGACUGGUCUAUGCCCUGAUUGGACGGACUCUCUGGCUCCGUCCACAAAGAAGCCGUAAAGACAAGAGUCACCGACACACAGUCAAGAUGCUGGGAGUGAUCGUCUUGGCCUUCGUCCUGUGCUGGCUGCCCUUCCAUGUCGGUCGGACCAUAUUCUCUCUUUCUCUGAGCACUGGUAUAUAUUAUCUUUCUCAGUAUUUCAACCUGGUCUCCUCGGUUCUCUUCUACCUCAGUGCUGCCAUCAACCCUCUGCUGUACAACCUGAUGUCCGCCAGGUACAGACACGCUUCGGAUUCCCCUGGUCUGCACCAGUUCUCAGUCAGCUCCCCUCCCAAAAACCUGGAGGCGGGCCGCACACCGAGCCUCAAGCGGCGUGGAGAGGAGGGCGACUGCCCCCCCAGCCGCGGCACGUGCCCAGCGGUUUUACCACAGAUACCAAAGAACAUCGGCCAAUGA